GAAGUGCGUCUUUUUGGCUCUUUCCGGCAUCCGUAGUUUGUUGGCAGCCCGUUUGUUUUGGCUUGUUCUUUGGCAUCUGGUGUCAGGUAGAAAACCUGAUUAAAGCCGUGGCAUCAUGUCUGACAAAAGUGAGCUGAAAGCAGAGCUUGAAAGGAAGAAGCAACGCCUGGCUCAAAUCAGAGAGGAGAAGAAAAGGAAGGAGGAGGAGCGCAAGAAGCAAGCGGCGGACCAAUUAAAAGAUGCUGCAAAUCACCAGGAUGAUACAGACCUGGAGAAAAAAAGACGUGAGACGGAGGCUAUGCUACAGAGUAUGGGCAUAACCCAAGAUACUCCUGCUGUCCCUCCUCCCAUCUCGCCAACUCCCAAAUCGGCGGGCACACCGAGUGAGGCAGGGAGCCAAGACUCUGAUGGAGCCGUGGGACCCAGGACUCUGCACUGGGACUCUGACCCGUCCACUCUUCAACUUCACUCUGAUUCUGAGCUGGGGCGAGGAACUCCAAAACUGGGAAUGGCCAAAGUCACACAAGUGGACUUCCCUCCACGUGAGACUGUGUCCUACACUAAAGAGACCCAGACACCUGUCGUGACUCAGCAAAAAGAAGCUGAGGAAGAAGAAGAAGAAGAGGAGGAAAGUGCUCCAGUCGAAGCAGCAGUGGAGACUCAGACUGAGAAACCGGACCAGAAAGAGGAGGAGGAAGCAGCCCCCCACGAGCUGACAGAGGAGGAAAAACUCCAGAUCCUGCACUCCGAAGAUUUUGCGAAUUUCUUUGACCAGAGCACUCGCAUUAUUGAGCGAGCUCUGUCGGAGCAUGUGGACCUCUUCUUCGACUACAGCGGUCGUGACCUGGAGGAGAAGGAGGGUGAAAUCCAGGCCGGUACAAAGCUGUCCCUCAACAGGCAGUUCAUGGAUGAACGCUGGUCCAAACAUCGCGUCGUCACCUGCCUAGACUGGUCCCUGCAGUAUCCUGAACUGCUGCUUGCCUCAUACAACAACAACGAGGAGGCUCCUCACGAGCCAGACGGCGUGGCCUUAGUGUGGAACAUGAAGUACAAGAAGGCCACACCGGAGUACGUCUUCCACUGUCAGUCUGCUGUAAUGUCGGCUGCUUUUGCCAAAUUCCACCCCAACGUUGUGGUGGGGGGUACGUACUCGGGACAGAUCGUGCUGUGGGACAACCGGAGCAACAAGAGGACCCCGGUGCAGAGGACCCCCCUGUCAGCAGCGGCUCACACGCACCCUGUGUACUGUGUGAAUGUGGUCGGCACCCAGAACGCCCACAACCUGAUCAGCAUCUCCACCGACGGCAAGAUCUGCUCCUGGAGUCUGGACAUGCUCUCUCAGCCACAGGACAGCAUGGAGCUGGUGUUCAAGCAGUCCAAAGCUGUAGCUGUCACCUCCAUGUCUUUCCCUCUCGGAGAUGUCAACAAUUUUGCGGUGGGCAGCGAGGACGGCUCCGUCUACAUGUCGUGUCGUCAUGGAAGCAAAGCGGGCAUCAGCGAGAUGUUUGAGGGCCACCAGGGGCCCAUCACAGGGAUCGACUGCCACACAGCUGCAGGGCCUCUGGACUUCUCCCACCUGUUUGUCACCUCCUCCUUCGACUGGACUGUCAAGCUGUGGAGCACCAAGAACAACAAGCCGCUGUACUCAUUUGAAGAUAACUCGGAUUACGUAUAUGACGUCAUGUGGUCUCCGACUCACCCUGCUCUGUUUGCUUGUGUGGACGGAGUGGGUCAUCUGGACCUGUGGAACCUCAACAACGACACGGAGGUUCCUACCGCCAGCGUCACAGUGGAGGGUAACCCAGCUCUGAACAGAGUGAGGUGGGCUCACUCUGGCAAAGAAAUCGCCGUGGGAGACUCUGAUGGACGAGUUCUUGUGUAUGAUGUCGGAGAGCAAACUGCGGUUCCACGAAACGACGAGUGGACCCGCUUUGUCCGCACGCUGGCAGAGAUCAACGAGAACAGAGACGAUGCGGAGGAGCUGGCGGCUCAGCGUCUGGCCGCCUGAUCUGCUCGCCACAGAGGUGAUGUUUAAGGGACCAGAGGCGUACUUGUUAUCGUCAGCCCCAGGAAAAGAUGUGAUGACAACAUGAGCGGAGGAAAAAAUGUUUUGAUCAGAAAGACCUUUUGAUUCCUUACACCUGCUUAUUUGGAGGCCUUCUCAGUUAGCUGGACCGUCUUCCUCGGAUUAACACGAGCGUCAGGGAUAUCGACGUCAGACACUAACACGAAGCCAUACUCACAAAACACAAACCAGUUGUCUUUCUUUCAACAAGAUGCCUUAAUCUUUCCUUUUAAACUUUUGAUUGUAAAACCCCACCUGUCUUCAUUCAUCAGCCUUCAUUUUGAGAUUUAUUUCAAUCCAUAAUAGUUAACACUCAUAGCUAAGCCCCAUUUCCACCAAAGUUGUAGUAAAGCAAUCACAUCUUAACACGGGGAAUGUAAACUUAUAACUGUAGAACCAUGUCGUCAUCUCCGUUCCUUUUAGACUUGAUCAACUUAUAUUCACUUGAUUGUAAAAAUAAAUCCAGAUGUAUUUCUACCUUCUAUUUUGUUCUAUACGGCACCAGUUUUCUCUCAAUCAGUGUAGCUGGUUAGACUGGAGAUAGUUGGAAUAUCCUUAAUGCCUAAGAAGAUGAUCACGUAUGCUGUAACUGCUCGGGGAAGUCGUGUGACAGGAUCCGAAAUGAGACGGUUUGUUUCCUGAAGAAUCUCAAAUGUUGGUGUCAAAAUGGAUAAUGUACUUUUCACACAGUAGAAACAAACAGUUUGAAUGAUUUAUUUCAAUAAAAUACAAUAAAUACAUUUAAAUUAUA